UUGUUAAUGAUAAAAUUGCCUCCAUGCACUGAUGUCGGAGUCAUGGACAGUCCGUUCAAAAAAAAAAUUUUUCCUUUCAUUAUUGGCAUAUAAAACAAUUACAAUUUUCUUCUUCCACAAAAUGAUCAUAUUAAAAUGUGGGUUUGCAGAGGAAAAGUAAAAACAAACAAACAAACAAACUCUGAGCUAGGGAAGGUUACAGUUCACGAUUUUAAACAAAAACAGGUAUUCAUAGUUUUUACAGCCUUUGGAUUAGAGUAAAAUCAAUUUGAAUCCAUGUACUGUUUGACCUCCUGUGUAAAAACCAAUAAGUUCGGCUUUUUACCUGUAAGUUUGCUUUGAUGAAUAUGAUAUUUUGGCAAUAGAAUUAAAAGAUUUAUAAAAUAUAGCUGAUAAUUCAAUUCAGAGUUAUCGUCUAGUAUUCCACACAGUACAUGUUUCCCAGAUAAUAGACGAUGUUCAUCAAAAUGGCUGUUGAUAAAGAUACACAUGUUAUUCCAAAAGGUCUCACAAAGUCUCCCAAAAGGGACAAAUUAAGUGAACAACAGGGACAAAAUGUACAACUGAUAUCAAUAUCUUUUGUAUAUUUUUCUAAAAUAUAUCUUAGCUGGGUAAAAUCUAUGAAUAAGCUGGAAAGAAACGUCCUUCAUUUUAUUAAUUAUUAUCAUAUACUGAUGAGGCAGGAGCCAGUUAGGCAUUUUCCAUGUCAGGUUAAACAGUCCAUUCAAAAGCAAAACAUCACCCGGCAUACUGUGACGCAUUACAACACUGGGAUACCUUUCCGGAUGCAGCCAAUGGCUGACGAGGAUUACGUCUCAUGCGGGGUGUCGGCGUUAUCUCCUCGCUCUGAUUGGAUAGAAACUCUACCCCAGACCGGAAGUCGUUUCCUGCGACGCUAGCUUGCCUGCUACAGAAAUAAACCUCCUUGAUGCAGACACAGGGGAGAGGGUGUCCGCAUUGACUGUAAACGCUACAACGGUUAACGGAGCUCAAGUGACGUUGAAAAGCGGCAUUGAAGAGAUGGACUUCGUUGCUGGCUGCAUCGGAGGUGCUGCUGGAGUCUUGGUCGGACACCCGUUUGACACAGUUAAGGUGAGACUGCAGGUCCAGAGUGUUGAUAAGCCUCUGUACCGUGGGACCUUUCACUGUUUCCAGUCUAUCAUACGACAGGAGUCGAUGUUUGGUUUGUACAAAGGCAUUGGAUCCCCCAUGAUGGGCCUUACAUUCAUCAAUGCUAUAGUGUUUGGUGUCCAGGGGAACACAAUGCGGCUGCUGGGACAUGACACCCCCAUGAACCAGUUUCUUGCUGGUGCGGCAGCAGGUACCAUCCAGUGUGUCAUCUGCUGCCCCAUGGAACUGGCCAAAACCCGCAUGCAAAUGCAGGGUACAGGAGAGAAGAAGGCCUCCAGGAAGAUGUACAAGAAUUCCCUGGACUGCUUGGCACGCAUCUACAACCGCGAGGGUUUGCGGGGCGUAAACAGAGGCAUGGUCACCACGCUUAUCCGCGAGACACCCGGCUUUGGAGUGUAUUUCCUGGCCUAUGAUGUGCUGACGCGCAGCCUUGGCUGUGAGCCUGAUGACCGUUACAUGAUCCCCAAACUGCUGUUUGCCGGGGGCAUGGCUGGCAUUGCCUCCUGGCUUUCCACCUAUCCGGUGGAUGUGAUCAAAUCGCGGCUGCAGGCAGAUGGAGUUGGUGGAGUCAACCAGUACAGUGGCAUCGCUGACUGUGUGCGUCAGAGUGUCAGGAGAGAGGGCUACAUGGUGUUCACACGAGGCCUCACCUCUACGCUGCUACGAGCCUUCCCUGUGAACGCCGCUACCUUUGCUACCGUCACACUCGUCCUCAUGUACGCGAGGGGUACGGAGGAAGGACCACAAGAUUGUGAGCCGGCUCCGUCAAGCCACCAUGCACAGAUACAGCAGCAGGCCCAACCCUCCAGCCUGUAAUAGCACAGAGGUCGCACUCUUAACCUCGGCACUUUACAAGACCAUGGAAAGACAAAAUGUACAAAACCUGUACUAUUGUCAGACCAGUCAUUCCCAAUUUUGAAUCAAAAAAUACCUGGUUUAUAUACUGGCUUGUUUUUACUUUCAUGUCAAAAAGGAAACAAAGGAAAAACACAUUUAUUUUUAUUUCAUUUUUAGCAAUAAUUUAAGUUUGAGGUUUGCUUCUUAAGAUGCAGACUUGUAGAGAGGUGGUGUCACCUCUAAUUAGAUGGAGGAAAUCGGACCUAUGAGAUUCAUGAAAGCUUUUAACAGGAGCUUUUAUCUUUCAGAAAUUUCCAGUAAAACACUGAUAUAGACUUGUUAAGUAUGUACAGCGUAGACACUGAAAGUUGAUAUCUCUGUUACGUAUAUCUUGGAAUGUAUAGUGUUUUGCUGCACUUGUAUAUAUCAUUAUUUUUGAGUAACUCUUUUUUUAUGUAUAUUGGAAAACAUUUUCCUGCCUUAUAAUAUGAAUACUUUUAUGUUGCGUUAGGAGACACCUGUUUGUACCUGAACUGUAUCCUCUGAAGAGCAAAGCAAGCAAGAAGGAGGGAAUGUAGCAUGUGAUAAGGGAUGUCUGCAGAACUUAUCACUUUUGUCUGCUUUCAAACCAAAAAAAAAAAACCCAUUGCAGCUAUAAUCUGAUCACCACUAAAGCACUAUUGGUCCAUACAGUACAUAUCAAUACUCACUGUCAACAAUAAACCAACUGGUUUGAAGGGCUCUUCAGGGACCGAAAGCAAAGCAUCUAUGUGUGUGCGUGAGUCAAGUGUAGGCAGCAUUGUGUUUUAUGUGUGCUUUGGUUGUCUGUUUGGCAUGUUGUGUUUUACCGAAUAAUGUGACGUUUUAUCUUUGUGACUUUACUGAUGUAUUAAAGGCCUAAUCCAGAGGUGGAACAUGGCGCUACACGUGGCACCACAUUUCAUUUUAUUUUUGUAAAUGUCAUAGCUAAAUUAUAUUUUGACUAUAUUUUUAAGCUGUAAAUGCUACGGUUAUGGCAGGGUCACAAAUCUGUGCUGGGGGGGUCCCUUAAAAGAUGUGGAAGUGCCCACAAAUGUCCUAAUAUUUUGCAUGGCCCUCAGUUUGUUUCAUGUAAUCGUCGAAGGGCCGUUGAAGGUGAUUGGUGGCAGAAUGGAAGAAAUGCCAAUGAAUAUAAACUGGUGCUUCAACAAAAAAACUAAACAUGGGAACAACAACAUGAGAAGGGGGAAAGAGUGAGUAAGAUUGAGGGCAGAGUCUUCUGCAAGGUCUUUAAAAUGUCCCUUAAACUGUUCAGUUUAAUUUCUUACCCUGGUAUAUUGUUUAUUGGGCAAAAAGACCAGCAUUAAUGUGAAUUUACGGUCAGUUUCUCUCUAAAUUUAAGAGGAAAUGUAUGUAUUUAUGUGUAUCAAUGGUUGAACUACUGUGUGUAAUCUGGAUUGGGGCUUUAAUUGGAUUUAUUUAUUUUUUAAAGUUACUUUAUUAGUUUGAAAAUGUACAGAGUUUGAAUUGUCUGCUUUCUGCAUGUGUGUGGUCAAUGUCAGAUUAUUUUUGUCCGUGUUUUAUACCCAAAUGUUGAAUUUGUAGCUGUAAAGCAAUCAAAUUUUCUUCCCCAGCAAUCAGAUAAUCUUCUCCCCUGAAUGCUUUUCCAGACACUGUCCUAAGUUGUCAGUUAAGCAACAAAUCAGACUGUGAUCACUGUCGUCAUUUGUAUAUGACGUAGUAUUAAUAUGAAGAAGUAUUUAUGAAAGGCUGUCAGAGAACAGAAGGUCACAGAUGCACUAAAACCUAAUGUAGGUUGAAUGUAACACACCUGUAUUCACUCGCAGGUGUUUCUGACUGAAACUGAAAAAAGUUGAAGGUCAAAAUGAUUUCUGGGAUUCGUGUUGUCGAAAGUUUGUAUUGCUCAUUGCUGCUUAGACACUUGAAAAUCUCCCAAGGCUGCAUUCUAGUUUGAUAGUGGGCGAUGAAAACAAAAUGAAAGCGGGAAGAUGUGCAAAGGGAUAUUUGGUAUGUGUGUGUUGAAGUUUCUUGUGUUUAAUCAUUAAUUCCACCUCUUAAAACAGUGACUGUUAUUCCCGGCUAUAAAGUAGAUUACAUCUGAAACUUUGUGAUUGCCAAUCGACAGCUAAUACUUAGUCCAGCUCAUGUGAAAGAUGCAAUAUGUACAGGAUGUAACUGUAAUGAUGUGAGAUUGUUUUGAAGUGAUUGGUACUGUAAAUAUAUACAUAUAUAACCUAUAUUUUUCAGUCCAAACUAGUUGUGUGGUUCCCUGAGUGUCUGAGUUUAAGCAGUUUUAAAAGUCUCGAUUUGAUCAGUUUGUUACACUGAAGAGAUUUUAACUGAAAAACUGAGACAUGAUAUUUUUUAACAUAGUCAUAACCUGUUUGUCUAGAUUUGUCAGAGGAUCUGUACAAAUGGGUAAAUAAAAAAAUAAUUCAGAA